AUGGCCGAGAUCACGCAAACCAUCGAGCUUGAGAGCCUAGCCAGCGAAACCCCCUGGUCUGCCCUCGUCAAGUCCCCUGGGAACCGCAAGCGGACGUUUAUCGCUGUUUGUGUUGGCGCCUUUGCUCAAUGGAACGGUGUUGCUGUUGUCUCUUACUAUCUCACACUCGUCCUCGACACCGUCGGGAUCAAAGAUUCAGAUACGCAAACCCUCAUCAACGGCCUUCUGCAGAUAUUCAACUUUAUAGCUGCACUUGGCGCAGCUUUAUUCGUUGACCGUCUCGGUCGACGGACCUUGUUUCUCUGGUCUGGUAUUGGAAUGCUGAUCUCCUUCAUUAUCUGGACCGUUUGCUCUGCCCUCUUUGAUCGUAGUCAGGUUCCCGCACUGGGUCAGACAGUUAUUGCAUUUGUUUUUAUCUUCUAUUUUCACUAUGAUAUUGCCUACACCCCACUGCUCCUGGGCUACCCCACGGAGAUAUUUCCUUACUCCCUCCGAAGCAAGGGUAUCACGGUGGACUUGCUGGCUGUCUACAUCUCUCUCAUUAUCUUAGCGUUUGUUAACCCCAUCGCUCUUGAGAACAUCGGCUGGCACUAUUAUAUAUUCUUUUGUUGUUUUGACGCAGUUGUGGUUGCGGUGACUUGGUUCUGCUUUCCCGAAACGAAAGGACACUCGCUAGAGGAGAUCUCUGAAGUCUUUGACGGGCCUUCGCCUAUCCGAUCUGGGGAUCCUUUUGCAAAGGGCGAGGAAGGCGUGAAGGGCACUGCAGAGCAUUCUGAACAUGCUUAG